UCGGCAGACAAGUCUCGUCCAUGUCGUCAAUCGUCGUACGCAGAACAUGCGGAUACUGUGGAUGUGAGCGGCAUCGAGUUUCCAGCAAAACUGGAAGACAUACCAGUCAUCGAAAGACUGAACGACGGUCUUUACAUCAACGUCUUCGGAUAUGAAGAGAAAGUCAUAUAUCCGUUAAGAAUUUCUCAGCAACCGCAGUCCGCCAUCAAUGUAUUGCUCAUCCAAGACGAACGCAAUGACGUGGAGGUGCAGCACUGGGUGUGGAUAAAGUCAUUCAGUCGUCUUGUUGCUACUGGAGCACGUCGAGCACAUUUCGUCUGCUUCAGAUGUCUCUCAACACACGUCACGGAGAAGGCAUUGAAUAAUCAUAUGAUGUACUGCAGUGAACAUCCUGAAGCUACGGUGGAGAUGCCAAAGGCUGGCGAUAGAGUGAUGUUCAGGAAUGUGAACAAGCAGCUUCAAGCCCCAUUUGUGAUCUAUGCCGAUUGUGAGGCCUUCAUAGAACCUCUGUCCGCUGUCAAGAAAAUCGGUCAUUCGACAUUCCAAAAGAACAAGCAUGUAGCCUGUUCCUGUUCGUACAUUGUAGUACGAUCUGAUGGCGUCGUCACGAACCGUUUCUUCUACCGUGGAGAAGAUUCUAUGUUCUGUUUUCUGCUGUCACUUGAGCAAGAGGAGGAGAUUAUCCGUGAUGAGCUUCUAGCAUGUAAUGCUGGUCAAAUGAUCAUUUCAGAAAGUCAGCAACGUGAAUUUGAAACGGUAGUCUCCUGUUGGAUCUGUGGUGAAGCGUUGGGUAGCGAUCGUGUACGUGACCACUGUCACAUCACCGGUGCUUACCGUGGUGCAGCACACAACCAUUGUAACCUGAACAUGCGGAUUGGGCCAUUCAAGAUCAAGAUUCCUGUGAUCUUUCAUAACUUGAAGGGAUACGAUUCUCAUCACAUCAUAUCUGCCAUUGGGAGAACGUCCACUGAUGAGAUUACGUAUGUGAACGAGAAAGGACAAGAACGGACCAAGCGUCUCGGUGCUAUCAACGUGAUUCCCAUCAACAGUGAAAAAUAUGUCACAUUCGGAUGGAGACAGUUCCAGUUCAUCGACAGCCUGGCAUUCUUGAACACCUCCCUAGACCGGUUGGUUUCGGCUACACCACCAGAUGCAUUCGCCCUUCUAUCCGCACGAUUUCCAGACGAGGAUGAACGCAAACUGUUGACACGAAAGGGUGUCUACCCGUAUGAAUAUAUGGGGUCGUACGACCAAUUCGAAGAAACGCGUCUACCACCCAAGGAUGCAUUCCACUCAACGCUAACGAACACGGGUAUCAGUGAUGAAGACUAUGCCUAUGCGCAAACAGUAUGGACUGCGUUUGACUGUGAAGAUCUAGGAGACUAUCACGACCUCUACCUGGAGACUGAUGUGCUGCUGUUGGCUGACGUUUUCGAAAACUUCAGAAGAACUGCUCACGCAACCUAUGGAUUGGAUCCCGCUAAUUACCUCACCUUACCGGGAUUUGCCUGGGAUUCGCUGCUGAAAAUGACGAAGGUGUCCCUUCAUCUCAUUUCCGACAUUGACAUGUUCAACUUCAUUGAGCAUGGCAAAAGAGGUGGCAUAAGCAUGGUGUCCGCUAGACACGCCACCGCCAACAACAGAUAUCUAUCGGAAUACAAUCCAGACGAGCCGUCAAGCUUCAUCCAAUAUUUAGAUGCGAACAAUCUAUAUGGAUGGGCCAUGUCUCAACCCUUGCCCGUGUCGGACUUCUGCUUUGAAGCAGUGACGGAUGAUCUUCUGGAGACGGUACUCGAUCAUCCAAUGGACUCUUCGACGGGAUACAUGGUGGAGUGCGAUUUAAGGAUUCCAGAUGGUGUGCAUGACAUGAUGAAUGAUUAUCCGUUGGCUCCUGAGAAGAUGAAGGUGACACGAGAUAUGCUUUCUCCAUAUCAGACCCACAUGGCAGAGAAACUAAUGGUGAGCGGUUUGGAAGCGAAGAAACUGGUGCCAAAUCUACUACCGAAAGAGCACUAUGUUCUGCACUACAGAAACUUGCAGCAGUAUGUGUCCUUGGGUGUGGAGAUUACAGAUGUGCAUCGUGUGCUCUCCUUCACACAACACCCAUGGAUGAAGCCAUACAUCGACACUAAUACUGACCUGAGAAAGCUAUCAACUUCUGAUUUCGAGAAAGACUUCUAUAAGUUGAUGAACAAUGCUGUAUAUGGCAAGACCAUGGAAAACGUUCGAAACAGAGUAAACAUCAAGCUCAUUCGUGAACAGGAUGAAAAACCACGUCUCCAGAAAAGCAUCAACAAACCUUCGUACAUCCGCAGUGUAACCUUUGAGAACGAUCUGAUAGCAAUCGAGUUUGCCAGGACAAAGGUGACUCUCAAUAAACCCAUUUAUGUGGGUACAGCCAUCCUCGAUCUGUCGAAGCACUUGAUGUAUUCCUUUUACUAUGAAGUUCUCCUACCCCGCUAUGGACAAAAUGUACGUUUGCUCUACACUGAUACUGAUAGUCUGAUCGUACAUAUUCAAACGGAUGAUCUGUACACGGAUAUGUCAAACAACAUAACAGCCUAUGACACAUCCAACUAUUCACCAUCCCACCACCUGUACAGCACGGUCAACAAGAAGGUGGUAGGGAAGUUCAAGGACGAACUAGGUGGCAAACCCAUCAAGGAGUUCAUUGGUUUGCGGAGCAAGAUGUACGCAUACCGCUGUGAAGACAACGACGACAAUGGCAAGCGUGCCAAAGGUGUGCAGAGAAGCGUGUUGAAAAACACCAUAACCGUCGAUGAUUAUCGAACAUGUCUCGUCGAGGAGUCUCAGCUGAAGAGAACAAUGAAUGUUCUUCGAAGUCGACGACAUUGCAUUCACGGAGAGGACCUACACAAGAUUGCCCUCAGUGGAUUCGACAGUAAGCGCUACAUUCUGGAGGAUGGUAUCAACACCCUGGCAUUCGGACACAAGGAUAUUCCAAAGCACUGAUGGA